CUAUUUCAGGAUAUGCUUUAUGUUUUGGACUCUUACUAUGGCUUCCGACUUCCUACACUUUUUGGCUCUAUACUUUAUCCCUUGUAUUCCAAAUUUCCUCAACCAUUUUUGUCACUCUUCACAGUCCUAGCUUGCUAUACUUUUCAAGGAAAUAAUUUGGCUACAACAUUUAUUCUGUUAAAUAGACUUACAACUGUUGCUUUUCCUUUUUAUCAUGAAAAGGUAAAUAAAUAG